AUGGUGGCGGUGGAUGAGCAUGGCGAACCAACUGAAACUGCCCAAACGACAGCUGAGCUUCAAAAGCAAAUAGACGGCUUGCAAAUCCAAAUCACCGACAUGCAUCGAGCUCGAGAGACUACCGGAGAAAAUCCCAACCUCUCUUCAGAAGUUCAAAGUCUGAAAGAAAAACUUGACGAACACUCCAAACAGUUGGAGCAAAGCGCCGAAAAGCUAAGCCAGCUUCAGUCGGAGAACAGUGUCCUCCAGGACCAGAACCAAGCCCUAAACACGGCAGGCAACAAGAAGCGUCGUUUCAACACCCCGAUCCGACCUAUGGGAAAUCUGAACACACCCAGCACCGGAGGAGGUACAACCGAUACACCUCCUAUACCAGGAGUAUCUGGGGCAACUAGGGAAGGGACCGAGAAUCCUCAAAUCCAUGACCUAGAAGAGAGUGAUUCCGAGCCAGAACCUGGGAAGGAAGCACCUGAGAGGACUGCAGCAACAGAAUCUUCCAUAACCGCCUACCUGGAGCAGAUUUUCUCUAAGAAAUUCGAUGGCAUGCAGUCCAUGGUAGAACGCCUACCAGGAGUAGCUCCCCCAAUCCGGAGGAGUAACCCAGAUUCUUACGCUGAUACCCCCUUCUUGGAAGAAAUCUUCUCAGUCGAGAUGCCUAGAAAGUUAUCCUUCCCUAGCAUCAAGAUGUAUGACGGUACUGGCGACCCCGACGAUCACAUUGUGCAGUAUAAGAAAAGGAUGUUGGCAGUUGCACUCCCUAAGGAAUCCCGCGAAGCCACGAUGUGCAAAGGGUCCAUAUCUUCCUUCGCAGGUCUGAGCGAUAAAUUAGUGGAGCAGUUCACAAGUAGUAGAAGCCUGGAGAAGACUUCAGAUGGUCUCUACAAGAUCCUCCAGCAUCGAGUGGAACCCCUGCGAGACUACAUAGCCUGCUUCAACCAGGAGAAAGUGGUGGUCCCCGAAUGCAGCAUCCCUACUGCGAUCUCUGCCUUCAAAAGAGGUCUACUUCCAGACGGGGGGCUAUACAUAGAGUUGAUCAUGUACCCUUGCAAGACCAUGGAAGAUGUGAUAUCCCGAGCCUGGGCGCAGGUGAAGUGGGAGGAAGAUGUUGCUAGCCGUGCCAAGGCUCAACCAAAGCAGGACCAAAGGUCAGCCCGAUCAGAUCAAGGAGACCGAGAGGAAAGAUCCUCCCAAAAAGGAUCCAAGGACUCCGUAUUAGAAACCGGGGCAAGUUCCAGUACCGGUCUCAAGAGAAGGAAGAAGGAAUGUCGAGCUGGACAGAUGGGCCAACAGGUUAAGUGGCCUCCAAAGAUGAAAGCACCUGAUUCGUUCUGGAACCCGGAACUCUGGUGCGACUUCCACCGUGAUCAUGGCCACAAAAUCGAAGACUGCAUCACCCUAAGGAUCAAGGUCAACGAAUUACUCCAAAAGGGGCAUCUCCGAGAAUUCCUCUCAGAGAAAUCCAAAGCCCACCUCGGCAAAGAAACAGCAGGGAACUCCAAAGGAGCUGCGCCAACCUCACCACCUCGCCAAGAUCGGGUGAUCCAUAUCAUAUAUGGAGGCUCAGAAGUAAGCGGAGUAAGUCAUGCAGCCGAAAAGAAAUGCACCCAUAACGCUAAGCAUGGUCUGGAAACUAUCCAACCGAAGCGCCUACUUCUAGGCACCAAUGAGAUAAGCUUCACAACUAAGGAGCAAGAGAAGAUCCUAGCCCCCCCACCAUGA